AUGCUGGCGCAGGCGGGCGUUGCGGGAGCGGCAGGCUCUGUGAGUCUUGCAGGCGGCCUCACGCUGGGCGGACUGUUCCCAGUGCACGCGCGGGGCGCUGCGGGCCGGGCGUGCGGGCCGCUGAAGAAGGAGCAGGGCAUCCACCGGCUGGAGGCCAUGCUCUACGCGCUGGACCGUGUGAACGCCGACCCAGAUCUGCUGCCUGGAGUGCGCCUGGGCGCUCGGCUGCUGGACACCUGCUCGCGGGACACCUACGCGCUGGAGCAAGCGCUGAGCUUCGUGCAGGCGCUGAUCCGCGGUCGCGGCAACGGUGCAGAGGCGACAGUGAGCUGUCCGGGCGGGGUGCCUCCGCUCCGCUCUGCGCCCCCAGAGCGCGUGGUAGCUGUUGUGGGCGCUUCUGCUAGUUCUGUGUCCAUCAUGGUUGCCAAUGUGCUGCGCCUGUUUGCGAUCCCCCAGAUCAGCUACGCCUCCACUGCCCCUGAACUCAGCGACUCUACACGUUAUGACUUCUUUUCCCGAGUGGUGCCACCUGAUUCCUACCAGGCCCAGGCCAUGGUGGACAUUGUGCGGGCAUUGGGAUGGAACUACGUGUCUACGCUGGCCUCCGAGGGCAACUAUGGUGAAAGCGGGGUUGAGGCCUUUGUGCAGAUCUCCAGGGAGACUGGGGGGCUCUGUAUUGCCCAGUCUAUCAAGAUCCCCAGGGAACCAAAGCCUGGAGAAUUCAACAAAGUGAUCCAAAGACUCAUGGAGACACCAAAUGCCCGGGGCAUCAUCAUCUUUGCCAGUGAGGAUGAUAUCAGGAGGAUCCUGGAGGCUGCACGCCAAGCCAAUCUGACUGGCCACUUCCUGUGGGUUGGCUCAGACAGCUGGGGAGCCAAGACUUCCCCCAUCCUGAACCUGGAGGAUGUGGCCACAGGGGCCAUCACUAUCCUGCCCAAAAGGGCCUCGAUCAAUGGAUUUGACCAAUACUUUAUGACCCGCUCCCUGGAGAACAAUCGCCGGAACAUCUGGUUUGCUGAGUUCUGGGAAGAGAAUUUUAACUGCAAAUUGACCAGCUCAGGUACCCAGUCAGAUGCUUUCAUCCGCAAAUGCACAGGUGAGGAACGUAUCGGCCGGGAUUCUAUGUAUGAGCAAGAGGGAAAGGUACAGUUUGUGAUAGAUGCUGUGUAUGCCAUCGCCCACGCCCUCCACAGCAUGCACCAGGCACUCUGCCCUGGGCACACAGGUCUGUGCUCAGCCAUGGAGCCCACGGAUGGGUGGACACUGCUGCAGCAUAUUCGAGCCGUUCGCUUCAAUGGAAGUGCAGGAACCCCUGUGAUGUUCAACGAGAAUGGAGAUGCACCUGGACGAUAUGACAUCUUCCAGUACAAGGCAUCCAACAGCAGUGAGGCCAAUGGUGGUUACCAGACAGUGGGCCAAUGGGCAGAGACACUCAAGUUGGAUGUGGAAGCUCUACAAUGGUUGGGAGACCCCCAACUGGUGCCUCCAUCUCUAUGCAGUCUCCCCUGUGGACCCGGUCAAAGGAAAAAGAUGGUGAAGGGCGUUCCAUGCUGUUGGCACUGUGAGGCUUGUGAUGGGUAUCAUUUCCAGGUGGAUGAGUUCACAUGUGAGACCUGUCCUGGGCACAUGAGGCCCACACACAACCACACAGGCUGCCGCCCCAUGCCAGUGGUCCGCCUGACCUGGUCCUCACCCUGGGCAGUCCCACCUCUCCUCCUGUCUGUGCUGGGCAUCAUGGCUACCACCACAGUGCUGACAACCUUUGUGCGGCACAAUAAUACACCAAUUGUCCGGGCCUCUGGCCGUGAACUCAGUUAUGUCCUGCUCACUGGUAUUUUCCUCAUCUAUGCUAUCACCUUCCUCAUGGUGGCUGAACCUGGAGUUGCUGUCUGCGCUGCCCGAAGACUAUUCCUGGGCCUGGGCACCACCCUCAGCUACUCUGCCUUGCUCACCAAGACCAACCGUAUCUACCGUAUCUUUGAGCAGGGGAAACGCUCAGUUAUGCCUCCACCUUUCAUCAGCCCCACUUCACAGCUAAUUAUCACCUUCAGCCUCACCUCUGUGCAGGUGGUGGGUGUAACAGCUUGGCUGGGGGCCCAGCCCCCCCACAGUGUGAUUGACUAUGAAGAACAGCGGACAGUGGACCCAGAGCAGGCCAGAGGGGUGCUCAAGUGUGACAUGUCAGAUCUGUCCCUUAUCGGCUGCCUGUGCUACAGCCUCCUGCUUAUGGUCACAUGCACAGUGUAUGCCAUCAAGACCCGAGAUGUGCCUGAAACCUUCAACGAAGCCAAGCCCAUUGGCUUCACCAUGUAUACCACCUGCAUUGUCUGGCUGGCUUUUGUGCCUAUCUUCUUUGGCACUGCUCAGUCAGCUGAAAAGAUCUAUAUCCAAACCACCACACUGACUGUUUCCUUGAGCCUGAGUGCAUCGGUGUCCCUUGGCAUGCUUUAUGUACCCAAAACCUACAUCAUCCUGUUCCGUCCGGCGCAGAACGUGCAGAAGAAGAAGCGGAGUGUCAAGACCCCCACAGUGGCAGCCCCAUAG